CCAAGCUAAAUCCGUAGAUGAUGACGAGGAUGCAUUCAUAGAUGAGUGCGUGCGUGCGUUGCUGCGUGGGAAGACACAUGAAAGCACUUUUGAGAGAGAACACGAGCACGAUCAGCUUUUUACUCAAAAGAGAAAAGUUCUCGAAGCCCAAAGCUUAGUUGCUAAAUCUGUCUUUUGGACGCCGCGGAUGAGGAAACAACAGAAUAGUAUUUUUACUUCAAAUUCAGAAGGCUUCAGAGAGAGCUCGUCGUCGAGUCGCAGUCGAAGUCGUCAUGGCCACGAAUCUGGAAGAUACUUUAAACAAGUUCAACCGCGAAUUAAUCAAAUUUGACCAACACCGGCAGCGUUACAGCGAGCCCUACAACGAGCUGAGGGACCAGCUCUACUCCCUGUGGAAGCGCGAUGAGAAGAUACUGGGCAAGCUGGUCAAAGGAUCCACCUUGGAAGGAAGCUAUGGCGACAACCUCAAGGUAUCGAUGCCGAACGAGUUUGACUUGGUGAUUCAUUUGGUGUUCCCCGAGAAUGACAGGAUCAUUGUGAAGCCGGAUCCCCGUCGCCCAGGGAACGUGACUCUGGACAUGACGAAGGUAAUGGAGGCCAUCCGAGAUAAGGAACCUCUCAAGCCCAUCUACGAGCAACUUCAGAAGCUGGUCAAUGGAAAAAACAUGCUACUGGAGGACAAGCUUCAGAACUGGUUGACGAGCCUGAUGACCCAGACGUUAAAAAAAAUAGGUAACCAGAUCGAGGUGAAAAAAUCGAUCUCGACGCUGAAGUACAAGAGGUGCGGGCCAGCACACACCAUUUUCGUGGACGGGCCCUGCCAGUUCUCCGUGGACUUUGUGCCGGGCAUCAAGCUGACAGCCGCACAGAGCGUCCUUACUGGUGAGCAGAAGCAGCACUUUGGCCGCUCUACGCACUGGGAUGCGAUUCCAAAGCCACUGAAGCCGGCCCAGCCCGACAACAUCUCCUUCCGGGCUUCCUACUACGUAGCCGAACACGAACUGAUCAAAGACAAGGGCAACCUGAAGAGUGCCGUGCGGCUCCUGAAGAAGUUUCGCGACACCAAGCAGAACCUGGGCAAUCUGAAGAGCUACUACAUAAAGACAGUCUUCCUCUGGGAGGUAACCAAGCGAGAUCGAAGAUACUGGCAGAGUCCCCUCAACGAGAUCUUUAUUGAGAUGAUAGGCAAGCUGGCCAACGCCCUGAAGGUGACUUCGGGCAAUGGCCAGCUCCCGUUCUUCUGGGACCCCAAACUGGACAUGAUCGCAGACCUGAGCUCCAUCCAACGCGCGGAAAUGUUCAACUGUGUGGCGAAGGCCGAGUAUCGUUUCCGCAGGGGCGCCGGUAACCUCACGGAUGACAUCAAGGACAUUAUGCACAGCUCCUUCAGUAACCGCGAGGAACGAGGCAUAGAGAAAAAGGGAGCAAAGCCGAAACCCAGUCAAAUUUCCCAGAUGUGCGAGAAGAAAACUGUGGAAACUCAGACUGAAUGCAAGCCCAAGCCAAAGGCUAAUUUUCUGUCGGAUUUUGCAACUCAACUGGAAAUCGCAACGGCCAAUCUUCAGUUGGGUGCCAAAAAGAAGACAAACCUUUCUUCGCUGCCUGGCUCUGACGUCAAACAAAAACCAAAAUCGAAAGUUGCUCCCCAGCCGCAGGAGGUACCGAAACCGAACCCGAACCUCAACGAGAAUAAAACUGUGGAAAAGCAAUGCCAAAGCAAACCUAAGCCAAAGGAGAAUCCUGUGUUAAAUUCAACAAGUGAGAAGGAAAUUGUAACGCCCGAUCCCCAGGUGAGUGCCAAAAAGAAGGCAAGCAAAGGUACCACCAAGCCGGAGGCAAACGGAUCCAAUAAGAAUCUGAAGCCGGACGUCAAAUCGUCAUCGUCCUGCUUGAUAAACUAGGGCAGGAAACGGAGGAACGUGAGAGUUGAAAGAGUUUUAUUAACGGCAAAAUAAAAAGAAGUUCGAUCUCCGAUCUUAAACCUAAAACGUUGCUCU